AUGGGCAAGCCCAGGCAGAGGAAAGAGGACUCGCCAUAUGUGAAGCAUUUGAAGCAGCUGGCCAAGAGUCAUCCGACUGGAUUAACCCCAAAUUUGCUGCGGCUGUUCGAUCCUCCGCCCCCGGUGGAGUACAAGGAGCCGAUCGAGAAGAAAGAAUUGCCUCCCUACACUGGCAUCGCGCAAUUCGUCAGCUGUUUUGAGAACCUAUCGAUCGAUGAUCAGGAAUCCCAGGCGAAAGUGGAGACCAUCGCCGAAAGAAGGGCGAGAGUGAAUGCCGCUCGCUUGGAGAAGGGAAAGGAGAAAUUGGCCGAAGAGAUUCCAAAGUAUGCUUACAAGCACGCUGAUGGAACCAAGAUUGACAACCGCCGAAUUCUCGUAGACGUUGAGAGAGGCAGGACGGUCAAGAACUGGCUUCCAAAGAGACUCGGUGGUGGACUGGGAAACGCUCGAAGCUCGCAGCCGGAGGCCACUCCACAGCGAGGAGGACGAUAUCGAGGUGAUUAUAGACGGAGGGAGGAAGAGGCUGCUAGAGAAAAGAGAAGGGGCGAGAAAAGAGGUCGUGGUUCCGAUAGUUAA